CAUUAAGUUGAUUGAAAAUUAAAUGUUUUAAAAAAAUAUAUAAAUGUACAGAAUGUGUUCGCAUGCGCACACAUUGAAACGUUCAAAAUGUGUGACAAACUUGUGCGUCAUUGAGAAUCCUGCUAGACUGGAAGUGGUGAUUUGCGAUUGCUGUGAAUUCAAUAUAAAAUCUUUCUCGCAUGUCCACACUUCUCCUUUUAAAAUCUAACCUAAUGUAACCUAUUCUAACCUUAAUCCUGACUCGAUUUCAUCUGGUCUGUCGUGCUGAGCUCGCGCGAUGCCAGGCAUCUUGUCGAGAACAUCGGCGAUCCCCGCGUCGCUUCGCUCCGUCAUCUUUCACGUGACAUUAUCCCCCGUUGCCGAUCAUGAAUGCAGGAUACGACGAGGAUCUGUCGGAGAAUCAUUUCCUGCGGGAGCUCAAAGAUGAGCAUAAGGCCACGUUCCAGCGGGCCGUCCAGGAAGGUUGGGUCGUCUGUGUUCCACGUAGCGGCAGCUUUGUCAGUCGCACGUUGCAUGAGGAUGAGAUAAAUGUUCAUAUCCUGGUCCCUGAACAAGACCUCUCUGUCACCCGAUUCUGCAGCCUGAAUGGCAGCAAGAUCUUGCUCGAGGAUCAAAUUCUGCAUGUUGAACACGAUGACGCCGAACGGUAUUCCUCGCGCUUACUCUUCGAGGAGAUCUUCUACAACGAUGAUCUGCAUAAAUACAGUGUAUGGUGCAUUGAGCGGCCUCUAAAAGCUAGCAUGUAUGUCUCGGACAACUGUAUAAGUGUAAUCACGAAUCUUCAAGAAGCCAUAAAUUUUCUUCAGGUGGAAUUGCUUAAUGGACAACUACGCGAUGACCUCGAAAUCAAGAUCAAGGAUUUUCUAUAUAUUAAUAAAAAUUUGCAACGCAAAUCAAUGCAGGAGCAGAAGGAUCUGGUAUACGAGUUGUAUGCAGAUUGUCUUGGAAUGUUAAUGGAGAAUGCAACUUUGAAAAAAAAAAUUACAAACAAUAAGCAGUAUCAGUGGAAUAUCAGAGUGUCAUUGGAGACAUACAUCUUGUAUGCUUUGAAAAACAUCCUGAUAAAAUCAUUGUCUGCCUGUACUGUUUCAGAGGAUGCAUAUUUGAAUAAGAUCAUCAGAAAUUUAAAUGGGAUUCAAUUGAACGAUCUCCGAGUACGGUCAGACCUACAAUCUCGCAUUCAUGGUGGAAAGAUAGAACUGGCGCGGUUAGACAACUUUGUGACCGUACUGGGCAAGAUCGAAUGCCUCAGAAGAACUGUCAAUUAUAUAUCGCAUGGAAUAUCGUCGUCUGUCACGUCGGAUGAUCUUUUGCCAGUGCUUGUGUUUCUCGUCAUCAAUGUCGGUCUAUCAAACUGGACGGCACAGCUGUAUUUCAUGAGACAAUUUCGCCUCUCCUCAAACUCCACUUAUGAAACGGACGAGAUCAGUUUUCUGAUAACAUCUUUGGAGGCCGUGAUCAUGUACAUCAAAUCUGGAGUAAUCUGCGGCGAGGACAAAUGCGUGAAUAACUCGGACAAAUAUGAUCAAUUGAUGAAUCAAUCGGAACGCACGUCCAUCUGUUAUUUGUUCGCAUGCAUCAAAAAUGGUAAUUUGUCUGAGGUAAAAAGAAUAUUAACUUAUGAUAGAUCCAGUCAAGUCAAUGAUGUUAUGCUCUGUCAUCCUUUGUGUACUUGCGCAUCUUGCGAACGGAAUUGGACGAAACAACGGGAUCUGAAUACAUGUCCCAAGGACGACAAGGGUCUAACACCGCUACACGUCGCCGUAUUGCACGAUCAAAUCGUGAUCGUGGACUUUCUCCUCGACCAUGACACGGACAUAAACGUCGUAGACUCCGACGGCAUGACUGCCCUUCAUCACACCUGCAUUAAGGGUCAUCAAAACAUUUUGUUAUUGAUGCUGCAUGCAAACGCAGAUCCUACGGCGAUAGACUCACGGGGAAACACGCCGUUGCAUUUGGCAGUAGAUCGUGGUCACGAGAGCUGCGUGAAGGCAUUAUUAUAUCUAUCGGAACACAUGAGAGCACCGAUUGAUGUAAACAUCGCCAAUGACAAUGGUGACACACCGUUGCAUCUCGCAGCCAGAUGGGGAUACCGCACGAUCGUCGAUAUUCUCCUGGAAUACGGCGCAAAUUGCAAAACGACCAACAAGAAGGGUCAAACACCGUCGAUGAUAACGUAUAGCGAAACCAUUGCUGAGUUGAUCAGAUGUAACGCAGCAUCAGGUAACAUCUGCAACGAUGUCGCCUUGUUCCAGCGGCGUAUUUUCGCGCAGCCUUGCCAGCCAAUGCCUUUUCAGCAACAAUGUCAUCGAGCCCUGUUGGAGAACAAAAACCCAUCGCACGUCAAAAACUAUGUCAACGUGAUGCAGCACCGUAUGAUGGACAAAUUGCUCGCCGCUAUAGUCGAUGGCGAUAUAUGUCUGGCGUGUUAUUACCUGGGUCUAGAAGUCUAUCGUGAACGGCCAUCAAGUGCUCGCGCGAAUCUGUGCCAUCAUCCACUAUGCGACUGCGAGCGGUGUCCAGUGACGGAUGAGGAUAAGCUGGAGCGCAAACAAAGACAACGGGCACUCACGAUCAACGCCUGCAAUGAUCUAGGUGAAACGGCGUUGCAUUUGGCGAGCGCAACCGGUCGUACCAAGAUGGUGCAGCUACUGCUCGACGCCGGUGCAAACGUGAAUGUAAUGACCAAGUCGGAAGGUCGUACCCCAUUACAUCUGGCAUGUCUCAACGAUCAUGUCGACGCGGCGAGACUGCUGCUCAAUUGCGCGACUUGUAAUAUAGAUGCCAAGGAUCACGACGGCGACACACCAUUGCACCUGGCGACCAUGGCCGGCAAUGUGAAACCUGUGAAUUUGCUGAUCAGACACGGUGCCUUUAUUAAUGCACGCAAUUUGCAGAAUAAGACUCCGUUGCAACAGGUAGAAGAGAAGCUUUCUACCGCCUUUUCCACGAAUCAUGCUGGUAUACUGAAGAUUCUGAAACAAAAUUCAAUACAGCCGCCCGGUGAUUGAUUGACAUGAACUAUUUGAGUUUUCGGGUAAUUUGUUCUAUCUUUUUUUACGUCUUUUCUAUUUACCUUAUAGAUAACAGAAAUAAUAUUUACUAGUAUAAUACUCACAUAUUUUCGUUUGUUAUUCUACUCAAUAGAUAAACAAAGAAAUGUCCACUCAAGCUACUAAAGAUCUUAAGGCAAAUAUCUGCAAGAAAGAAUGAUCAUUAAUUUUUACUUCGUGAGAUCGAUUCUGUUUUAUUUUUAAAAUAUAUACCUCAUAGUUAGUAGUAUUUUCUAGCAUAAUUCUAACAUAACGUUCUUCGUCCAAAUGUGAUUCAACUCUGGUCUAUGCAUCAAAUCUAACAUCAAAUCUAACGAAUGCAAUUAUAAAAUUAAAUUUUACGCGUCUUGAUAUAUUUUCCGAACUGAGAUUUCUUCUUUAGAAUUACUUGUGUAAAUUACACAAAUUAUCAUACUAUUGUGUCAUUCCAAGCGAUACUAAUGAGAUUAAUAAUAUUAAUAGAUAUGUGUGACAAAUGAGUGUAAUAAAUCUAAACACAAAUAGUUUUAUAUAUAAACGAAAA